GGUGGAAGAACAAACUACACUUCAAUUAUCACUCCUCAUAUCGUGGGACAUUCACGACUCUUUUCAAUCAGGACAAUCACAAGCCAGCCAGAAAUCGAUCCACGACCGACUCCUACCCCGAACGAUCCACCAAGGUUCUGCCCAUCAUGGUGCAAGUCAAGCAAAAGGCCGCAUUGAUCUGCAUCGACGGCUGGGGUAUUCCAGUCAUCUCCUCCGAUCCCCAGGGCAAUGCAAUCCUCAACGCCGAGACGCCGUGGAUGGACGAGUUCGCGACCGUAGGCAGCAAAAUUACAUCCGGAUACACCGAGCUCGAGGCUUCCUCCCUCGCCGUCGGUCUGCCCGAGGGAUUAAUGGGAAACAGUGAAGUCGGACACUUGAACAUCGGAGCUGGACGAGUGGUCUGGCAAGAUGUCGUCCGUAUCGAUCAGACGAUCAAGAAGGGCGAGAUGAACAAGGUGGAGAACAUUGUCAAGAGCUUCACGCGUGCCAAAGAGGGCAAUGGCAGACUGCACCUCUGCGGACUGGUCAGUGACGGUGGAGUGCACUCUCAUAUCAACCACCUCAAGAACCUGCUCAAGGUCGCAAAAGAGAUCGGCGUACCAGAGGUAUACAUCCACUUCUUCGGCGAUGGCCGAGACACCGACCCAAAGUCCGGCAAAGGCCACCUCGAAGAUCUGCUCGCUUUCACCAAGGAGCAGAGCAUUGGUAAAUUGGCCACCAUAGUCGGUCGCUACUACGUGAUGGACCGCGACAAGCGAUGGGAGCGUGUCGAGCUCGGCCUCAAGGGCAUGGUCACAGGUGAGGGCGAGGAGUCCUCUGACCCAGUAGCCACUUUCCAAGCACGCUACGAUGCCGGCGAGAAUGACGAGUUCUUGAAGCCCAUCAUCAUCAACGGCAAGGAGGGUCGCAUCUCCGACAAGGACACUGUUUUCUUCUUCAACUACCGCUCCGACCGCGUUCGCGAGGUUGUGCAACUUCUCGGCGACCAGGACCGCUCUCCUCGUCCAGACUUCCCCUACCCAUCCGACAUUCACCUCACCACCAUGACCCGGUACAAGACGGACUUCAACCUUCCCAUCGCUUUCGCUCCGGUGUCCAUGGACAAUGUUCUCGCUGACUGGUUGGGCCAACACGAUGUGAAGCAGGUUCACAUCGCGGAGACCGAGAAGUUCGCCCACGUCACUUUCUUCUUCAAUGGCGGUCAAGAGACACAGUACCCUGGCGAAGAACGUGACCUGAUUCCUUCUCCCAAGGGUGUGGCGACCUACGACCUCGAACCAAAGAUGUCCGCCAUGGGUGUUGCCGAGAAGAUGGCCGAGCGUAUCGCCGCGGGCGAACACGAGUUCAUCAUGAACAACUUCGCGCCACCAGACAUGGUAGGCCACACAGGUGUAUACGAUGCUGCGGUAAUUGCAUGUGGUGAGACGGAUAAGGCGAUUGGAGUGGUCUACGAGGCUUGCAAGAAGCACGGAUACACGCUGUUCAUCACCGCGGAUCACGGCAAUGCGGAGGAGAUGUUGACAGAGGAGAAGACGCCGAAGACAAGUCAUACGACGAAUAAGGUGCCUUUCGUCAUGGCAAAUGCGCCGGAGGGCUGGAGUUUGAAGAGGACGGAUGGCGUGCUGGGAGAUGUGGCGCCGACGAUACUGGCGUGUAUGGGAUUGGAGCAACCGAAGGAGAUGACCGGAACGAGUUUGUUGGUCAAGAAAUAA